AUGAUGUCCGGUUGUUGUUUCAAUGGCUUCGUGGCUCGACGUUUGGUUCCCGUUUACAUAUCCCUGCUUCUGAGCGUUAGACCCGAGCCUCACGUUUACUCCGUGUUUCCCCCUGAGCGGAGUGCAGUCAUCAGUCCGGCCACAACCCCUUACGACCCCGACACUCUUGCUUACCUCGAUCUAUCAGAGCCUUCAUCGGCUAGGAUGAGCUAUCAAACCACCCGGACUUCAGGGUUGACUCUAGGCCAGGGCCUCACCCUCGACACAGACACUGAAUCAUCCACUCACUACACCGAGCGUACUCCCCUUCUCGCCGGCACUCCAACACCGCCCCCAUCGAGUCCAGUCCCGAGCAGAUUACCCAGCCCAGCACGAGGUGAUAACUCGAGGCGGUCGUCGCGCACUAACUAUGGCAACGACGACGGUGUAAGGGGAGGGUUCUCUGCUCUCGAGCAGGUCAAGAGCCAGCUAAGAAAACGAGUCAUCCCCCUCGCUAUGGUGCUAAUCUUCCUGCUGGAGCUAUCCGUCGGCAUCAUGCAGCCCCCUCAGAACGCCAUCAUGGAGAGCAUCAUCUGCAGGAAAAUGCACCCGGAGGUGUUCACCCCUCCACCACCUGGGACUGGGCCGGAGGAGGGGCUGCUCCCGCCUGCCCUGCCUGGCCCCGAUAACCUGGAUCAUAUGUCUCUGGCCAUGUCCGGGCCGAGAACAAUACCGAGCAGACCGGUCCGACCCCGUCUCCGAUACUAUCCUGGCUUGGUCCUCGCCGAUGACCCACUCUGCAAGGGCUCCGACGUCCAGGGGUACCUGGCCACUGUGGUCGGGUGGCAAAGCACGUUUGACAAUUUCUUUUCGAGGUUUGUCCCGUUGCGGGUGGUGUGGUUCAGUUCUGCAUUCCAACUCAUCGGCGGUGGAGGAGCCGUCGCCAUUGCCAUGAUGUACACCGUGAUAGCGGAUGUAGUAGCCAUUUCUACCCGCGCAACCGUUUUCUUCCACAUGACAGCAGCUUUUCUCGCAUCUCAAAUGAUUGCCGGUCCUACCGGCGGUACUUUGUUGGCUUGGAAUCCGUGGAUACCACUUCUGCUGGCACUCGCAUUACUUGUCAUUUGCUGUUUCCUGGCCUUCUUCGCCAUGCCAGAGACUGUGCAUGUUCACGAUCACCAUAACACCUCCGCGGCACUCGACGAGGACGAUGACCCCGCAGCGUCCAAACUCCUCCGCAAAGCCCGUGCUGGACUCGAAGAAGUAUAUACCUUCAUUCUAGGCAACACUCGUCUGGCAUUCCUCAUCAUCUCUAUGGUUUUCAUCAUCCUCGGUCGCAUCGUCGGCGAGGUGCUCUUGCAGUACUCUACCGACCGCUACGGCUGGUCAUGGACGAAGGCCUCGCUUGUCCUGACCAUUCGCAAUGCCGGCAGUCUGCUGACGCUGCUCGUAUUGCUGCCGGCGGCCAGUUGGGUGCUGAUCAGCCGGCGGGGGUUGAGUGCGAUGGAGAAGGACCUGUGUCUGGCACGCUGGUCGGGCGUGGUUCAGGUUGUGGGCAGCGUGGUGAUUGCGGCUGCUGGGAACGGGGUCAUGUAUGCGAUCGGCUUGGUAUGGUUUGCUGCUGGGGCGGGGAUGACAUCGGUUGUGAGGUCGUUGCUGAAUGCCCUCGUGGAGGAACAUCAUGUGGGCACGGUGAACUCGUUGAUUGGCUUCAUGGAGAUGAUCAGCGUGGCCGCGGCCAGCCCCAUGAUUGCGGAAAGUCUCAAGCUUGGGUUGAAGCUUGGAGAGCCGUGGGUUGGGCUGCCGUUUAUCACGGCAGCUGUGUUCUUUGGUGUGGCAACCGUGAUUAUAUCAAAAUCCUAA